AUGCGGGCCGUGGUGCCGCAGCGGUCGGCCUGUGCGCGGAGUGCGCGGGCCCCUGAGGCUGGAGUGGCGCAGGCGCGACCUCGCCCGGUCACGCGGCCCGACGUGGCGUCACGCCCGCGCCCACGGCGAGAGCGUGCUGUUGGCUGCGUAUCGCGGACACGCGCAGAGCAGGACCUGCGCAGUCCUGGCCGCCGCGCGGCAAUCUCGCUCAUGGCCGCAGCACUGGUAGCCGCUGCACCUCGGCAGCCGGCCCACGCGAUUUUGAUCGACGACGAGCGGGAAGGGGAGAGGGUGUUCGACGCCACGACGCGCUCGGUCGUCUCCAUCACGGACGUCAAGGUCCAGGGCUCGAGGGAGAUCUUCGAGGGCGUGGGGAGCGGCAUCGUGUGGGACAAGCUGGGCCACAUCGUGACCAACUAUCACUGCGUGCAGCGGCUGGCGCGCGACACGGCCGGGACGCAGGCGGUGAACGUGGGCGUCAUGGGGCCGGACGGGUCGACGACCGAGCACCGCGCGACGCUCGUCGGGUCGGACCCCUCGCACGACCUCGCGGUGCUGCGGAUCGACGCGCCCCCGGAGGUGUUGCAGCCAGUCCCCCUGGGGACCUCGGCCGACCUGCGCGUCGGGCAGCACGCGUUCUCGAUCGGGAACCCGAGCGGGCUGCAGCACACGCUGUCCGCGGGCGUCGUGAGCGGCCUCAACCGGGCGGUGCCCGCGCCCAAUGGGCUGGCCAUCACGGGGUGCGUGCAGACGGACGCGAGCAUCAACGCGGGGAGCAGCGGCGGCGCGCUCAUGGACUCCGCCGGCCGCCUCAUCGGCGUUAACGUCGCGUCCUUCACGCGGAAGGACUCCGGUCGCGGCUCCGGGGUGAACUUCGCCAUUGCCAGCGACACCGUGCGGGAGGUGGUGCCCAACCUGAUCGUGUACGGGCGCCCCGGACGCACCGGACGCGCCCGCGCCUGA